AUGUUAUUCUUUCUUCUUUCUUUCGUUCUUUCUUUCUUUUUUCUUCUUUCUUUCUUUCUUUCUUUCUUUUUUCUUCUUUCUUUCUUUCUUUCUUUCUUUUUUUUUUCAUCUUUGUAUCCUAAUAAUGUUCUUAUUUCUUCUUUCCCCUCUUUCUAUCGUCCAUCUUUUUUUUCCCUUCCGUUUUCCAUAAGAUGGUUUCUUUCAAUUUUCUUCAUUUCUCUGCUUUUCCCUUUUACCUUUCAUUCUCUCUUUAUUUCCAUUCUAUUUUAUUCCAUGCUUUCAUGUGGUACUCUGUUCAUCUAUCUAUCUAUCUCUCUGUCUAUCUCAUCUGUUUAUGCAUCUAUCUAUCUAUCUAUCUAUCUAUCUAUCUAUCUAUCUGUGUGUGUGUGUGUGUUUCUAAAUUUAUUUCUUUCUCGAUAUGUUGAUGUUUGCUUGAUAGUUCCUGCCACUUUCCCAGUCUGUCUCUUUAAUUCCCAGUGUAUUGCAUAUCCGAACCUCUCCACCUGCUAA